AUGGAGCUUGGGGAUGAACUGAAUUCUGGAAUCACACCUGUCAAAGCACAGCAUCCGAUGGCAAGGUUCACGCUCAUUUCGAUCGAUCUAGACCUGGGCCGUAUACAACAGACAGACUCAAACACUCAGCAUCAGACAGGUCCAGAUUUUUGUCGAAAUGUCAAUUUCCUACUUCGUCGUCUCAUCCUUCUGAUCUCAUUUUUUGAUGGAUCCCUUUCCACAUACCCGUCGCUGGAACUCUGUAUUUGUUGUCUUUGCUGCUGCUCGGAACUAGCUGAUGUGGACGUGUCUCCGUUCUUGGUAUUCUUGUCGGGCACAAUCCUUUCCAGCGGAAUGAUCGGUGAUGUAGCACAAGCAUCCAUAGCUUCGACCGAUUCUAUUUCCAUGGUGUCCGGUAUAGCCGGAAUUGAGCGUUCUUCUGAUUUUGUAACCAGACUGUCUCGUGCUACUCUGAUGACAUUCAUCUUGGCAUCUAAUGGGGGUAUUCUGAGUUUUCAAGAUGAUCAACAACAUCACCAAGGGUUUUUAGUUGCUUCAUUGGUUUACGUUCAACGGUACGAUGAACCUGUUCUUCAUGAAUGCUUGGAGGAUCUUCGGUUGCUAAACGUUUUCUUCUCAAGCGAAACAAACGACCGAGUCGAAAAAUCCACCAACCACCGAGGGGGCAUUCUGUUGACUUGUCAAACCAUGCAUCAUGAUAUUGUGAGUACCAGCCUGGCCCAUGUGUGCUUGCUGAGACCAGUCAAACUGGUCGGGGUCGCUCUCGUACAAGAUGCUGCAUUCUUUGAAGACUUGAGUUGGAAGCACGAGGGCCCCGACGACGUAAAGCGAUCAUCUUCUUCUAGAGCGGACAUAAUGUGUUCUGGUUUAGACAUGGCAUUCACCUCACGAACAUUCGUACGGCCUCAUACUGGAUCACAACAGACAGUUAGUUUCAUUGGUAAUGGCCGCUGGCGUCUCUAUCCAAAUAGGUUGGAAUUCCGACAAACGUUGGCUGCUUUCGAGCAGCUGAGACAAUUACCGGAAUCAUCAAAUCAACAAGAAGAGGAGGCAAUUAAAGGAGUGCUUAGGAGCUGGCUUCACAUUUUCGAUGAUGGAGCCAAGUCACCCCUCAGUGUCGUGAUUGUGGACAACAUCGAGGGACUGAUUGAAUACAACCCAGUUGGACCCAGGUUCUCUAACUUUAUCGUACAAGCAAUACGAGAUCUGGUGUCACAGCCACUGAAAGCCCGUCAAUUUGAUACUGCGGCUUUCUUGAGUCCUGGUGUCAAUGAGACACGCCGAUGUGGAAGGAGAAACAGCCGUGUUCCGACAAAGAUAAUCGGUGGAGUCAGUCCAAUGGAAUCCGGUUGGCAUACGAAGGCACAAAGCGAAACACGACCAAAACUCACCGGCUUGAUGUCGUUCUCAAGCGCGUAUAGGAAAUCGGCACGUUUCACGACCAGCCGGUCAAAAGCAUCUGGAUCCAGUUGCGUUUUUCCGGAAGGCUAA